AAUUGCAUAAAUCGUCGAAGGAAAUCACUACUUGUUUACAGAUGAUAUCACUGGGUUGGUGCUUGAAGUUUCCAACCUACUCUGUCGCUCAGCAUACGCACGUGACCUUCAAACCGACCAAUUGGUGCGCGGUAAAAAAAGGCACUGAGAAUCAGAACUGCACGGUCUGUUGAACGCUUUUAUCCAUAACAUAUACAACAAUGGUUGCUUACAUCAGAGGACCAGCUUACAAGGUUGCCAAGUCAGGCUUUAACUUAUCGGUUGUCAAGGCCUAUAGCACUAGCUUGAUGGCAUGGGGUGUCGGUGGUGCCGCUGCUGUUGCUACUUUCACUGACGGUGUCCCAUUGUUCAAGAACACUUUCUACACCAAAAUCCCAUACUUUGGUUCCCACUGGGAGUACAACCCAGACCCAGAGGAUGUCCCUAUCUAAUUGUACUACCUCAAGUAUCUUAUCAUUAUAUA